AUGUCUGGACGUGGAAAGGGAGGAAAAGGACUCGGCAAAGGAGGAGCCAAACGCCAUCGUAAAGUUCUUCGCGACAACAUCCAAGGAAUCACCAAGCCGGCUAUCCGACGAUUGGCUCGCAGAGGAGGAGUCAAACGUAUCUCUGGAUUGAUCUACGAAGAAACUCGUGGAGUUCUCAAGGUGUUCCUUGAGAACGUUAUCCGUGAUGCUGUCACCUAUUGUGAACAUGCCAAGAGAAAGACUGUCACCGCCAUGGAUGUUGUCUAUGCUCUCAAGAGACAAGGCCGCACUCUCUACGGAUUCGGAGGAUAA